AUGUCUUUUGUGUAUGUGUGUACCUUCAAGAGAAGAAAUCACGGACGUAACAAGAACGGUCGCGGCCACGUUAAGCCCGUUCGCUGCUCCAACUGCUCUCGCUGCGUCCCUAAGGAUAAGGCAAUCAAGCGCUACACUGUCCGCCCUAUGGUCGAGUUGGCUGCCGUCCGUGACAUCACUGAGGCUCUUGUUUACAAGGAGUACACUCUCCCCAAGUUCUACAUCAAGAUCCAUUACUGCAUCUCUUGCGCCGUUCACGCCCACAUUGUCCGUGUUCGCUCCCGUGAGGGUCGCCGCAACCGUGCUCCUCCACCACGCUUCCGCUUCAAGGAUGGUAAGAAGGUUACCUCCACCCAGACUGCUAAGCCCCUGUAA